AUGCAAAACAUGCAAAACGUGGCGUUGGAAAAUUAUCAAAUAAGUGAAGGCUGUUGGCUUUCUAACGAAAAAAGAAAAAUUGAAAAUUAUUUCACCGAAAAUUUUCAAGAAUUUACUGUAACCUUUCAACAAGAAGUCGAUGCUAUAAAGAACUAUUUGGACACGAAGCGAUUAGCUGCUUUACAACGAAGAAGGGAGGAAGAACAAAGACGUUUACUAAACGCUAAGCAACGUGAAGAAGAGUGGAAAAGAAAAGCGAAUUUCACUUUGGAAAUAAGAAAAAAGGUUGAUGAAGGGUCUAAAAAAAAACGAAUAGAUAAAAUAGACAAAUUUAGAUCAAAAAUGGUUGAGCCGGAGAUCGAAUUACCAGAAAUGGAUAGCGAUAGUGAAAUGGAAAUGGAAGAUAAAAAUAAAAUAUGUCCAGACUGGUGUAGGCCAUCCGAUCUAAAGGCAGCAUUGAGACGUCAAGCCUUUAUAGACCCAGAAGAAAUAUUUGGGAAAGUUCAACCAUUGAAUAUAGAAGAAAUUUUUAAAGAUCGAAGAAAUAAAUUCCGUCAGCGUUCAAGUUCAUCAAAUUGGGCAGAUGCGGAUGCCUUGACCAGUGAAGAAGAAAAGGAAUAUAAAUUACGUAUGGGAUUCAAUUAA